UUCGCGCUUCCUAGCCACUUUCGGACGGAUUCAUGGGGGAAUCGCUGGAGGCGCGUUCCAGAGAUGUACAGGAGAGAACAUUUUGUAAAUGGCUUAACACGAAACUUGAGUCGGCGGGAUACCCUCCGAUGACUUCCUUGGUCAAGGAUCUUUCUGACGGAGUUCGACUCAUUCAGUUAAUGGAGAUCAUGGGCGACGUUUCGCUCGGCCGAUACAACAAGAAUCCUCGUAUGCGUGUCCAGAAGGCAGAGAACGUGAAUAAAGCCCUGGAGUUCAUCAACUCUCGUGGAGUGAAACUCACGAACAUCGGACCUGAAGACAUCAUCGAUGGAAACUUAAAGCUUAUACUUGGAAUGAUAUGGACGCUCAUCUUGCGCUUCACCAUCGCGGAUAUCAGUGAAGAAGGUCUCUCUGCCAAAGAAGGCUUGCUCCUCUGGUGUCAGCGCAAGACGGAACCGUACAAAGAAGUCGACGUGCAAGACUUCUCUCUCAGUUGGUCCGAUGGACUUGCUUUAUGCGCUCUGAUCCAUUGUCAUCGACCCGAUCUACUAGACUAUGAUAGACUGAAUAAGUCGGAUAGGCAUGGGAAUACUCAUCUAGCAUUCCAGGUUGCAUCAGAACAUCUUGGUAUACCUCAACUAUUAGAAGUAGAGGACUUGUGCGAUAGCAGCAAGCCUGAUGAGCGGAGUGUCAUGACAUACGUGGCCAGUUUCUUCCAUGCUUUCUCGUCUAUGGAACAGACAGAGACGGUGUCUCGGAGAGUAGAGAAGUUCGCUGAUUUGAUGCAGUCUGUCUGGACAAGCAAGAACGACUACGAGCGUCGCGCGAGGGCUCUGCUGUCUUCCCUGGCGGAUAUCCAAAUGGAAUGGGACUCGGCGCGAUUUACUGGGACGUACGCGGACGCGAAAGAGCAUUCGGCCAAGUUCACGACGUAUAAGCAGACGACCAAACGCCAGUGGGUCACAGAGAAGCAGGACAUUGCCACCCUCUUCACGAAUGUACAGACCAAGCUGAAAACGUAUGGGCUACGGGAAUACGUACCUCCACCAGGUUUGACACUAGGGGAUAUCGAUGCCGCAUGGAAUUCUCUGCUGACUGCUGAGGCACGACGCAGUAGAGCUAUCAAUGCGGAGAUCCGCGAGAUCAAGGAAGCCCUGAGGAAGAAAUUUGCCGCGCUUGCUAACGAUUUUGCUAAACGAUUGAAUCACAUCUCAUCGGAGUUGGCUGGCAUAGACGGGCCCCUGGAGGAACAGCAGGAACAGGCGCAACGGCUGCAAACUCGCAUCCCUUCACUAUCGGAAGCCCUCGAUGCCGUAUCAAAUGCUGAGGCCGAAUGUCUUGCCGCCAAUGUCGAGGAGAAUGAUUACACGAUCUUUACAUGUCAGGAUCUGCAAUUUGAGCUGGAGCUGCUCAUUCAGAGUAUCGCGAAGAAGAUCGCUUUCAUUGACAAUCAGAUCGUCUCCCGGAAUAUGUCAAAUCUAACACCGGCGCAGCUGGAGCAAUUUGAGACCACAUUCCGAUACUUCGACAAGGAUGACUCCAAUACUCUCAAUCAAGCCGAGAUGGUGGCAGCGCUGGCUAGUCUUGGCAUUGUCUACUCGGACGAAGAUAUGGAUGUGAUCUUCGACCAGUUGACUGAGAUGUACGGAGCCAUCACGUUCGAAGCGUUUAUCAACCUUCUGGUUGACAUUACGGAAGACCAGACUUCGCCAGAGCAGCUGCGCGAAGCCUUCCGAGGAAUCGCUGCGGAUAAGCCUUUCGUUACGGAGCUUGAUUUGCGCCUGGCUCAACUCCCGGUGAGCGCGAUCGAGUACCUCCGGCAGGUUAUGCCGUCACAGAAGAACGAGACAGGAGAGGACGGAUUCAACUAUGAGGAAUGGCUUGAUUUAGUGUUCGAGUAAAUCUUGGGGGUUCAGGGCAUGAAACACAGUAGAAUAGAACAUGCUUAAUCGUACAUGUAGUGCAAGCUGCACACGUCGU